AUGACAAUUUUGCUUAUAUUUUUUAGACUUCGAAAAUGUGCUUCUUGGGAUGAUCCAACCGACCGAAGCUCAAUGUCGCCAAUAAAAAGUAGCACCCCAUACUGGUUUUGGGUCCAAAGUGGAGACUUGGAGUCGGCGAGAAUUUCAAUAAGUCUAGGUAAGAAAUAAUGAUCAUCGUUGUGAAAAAUAUCACAUUUUUUCAGUUGAAUCGGAGCAGAAAAUCGAAUUUUUUCGAAAUUCGACAAAAAGAAGCAAAACAUUGUCAUUUUGUAUUGUGUUCCUCAUUGUGAGGGUCAAAAUCUCUCGAUUAAAAUCGAUUUCGGAAAAAGACAAAUCUCAACAUCAUUGGCAAUCAACGAUUCUCAAGAAGACAACGAACAAAAUUCGACAAUGGAUCGAACAAUUAGAGAAUUGGUGAGUUGAACAUUUUUCAGAAAUUUUGAAUCGGACCAUAGGAAAUUCUGAAUCGGACCCAAAAAAUCGGACCACUUUUUGAAAAUUUCUUGCUUUUGGCACCAAAACGAAGAUGACUUUCCCCGAUUCCUUCAAAAUCGGGUCCGAUUUUUGAGCGCAGAGAGGAAUAAUCAUUUUUCUCAUUCUCGCAAUAAAUUUGAGUCUUGCAGCAAAGCGACCCCCAUUGGAAAAAUCACUCAAGCGAUUUACCAUCGAUAUCCUCAUUCAAUUGCCAAAAUGUUACCACAUCAACGCAGUAAGUUAAUUAUCAAAAAUCGAAAUCAAAAAGCGCAAAACCGGCUUGUGCACCAAGUCAGUUCAUUCUGGAACCUCCCAUAUGAGCUCAGGAAAUUUUAAACUCUGGAAAUUGAAUUUCAGAUUGGAAGACAAUGGUGCCGUAGAAAAUGAAGAAGCUGGUGAACCGAAACCGAAACUACAAAAGGUAUGGUAUGGUAAAAAUAAUUCGUUUUAG